AUGGCGAAACCGGGUGAGACGGAGUACUUGGGAUUUGAGGAGGACUCCGAAAAUGGAGACUACGACCAGGACGCUUGGUUGAUCGGCGAGAAGUCCCACGACGGCGCCGAGCAUGUAACCGACGAAGUCUUCAAUGCAGCGUCACACCUCAUGGGAGGAAUGCUCUCUGUACUUGGUUCGGCUGUCUUGAUAACCGGUGCAGCAGCCCGCGGAAAUCCCUGGGGCGUCAUCUCAUUUUCCCUGUACGGCGCCUCGCUGAUGUUCCUGUUCUUUGCAAGUUUCGCGCACCACGCGAUCAAAGGGCCCAAGCGGCUCAUGGAUAUUCUGCGCACCUUGGACUACGUGGCGAUCUACUUCCUGAUCCCUGGCACCAUGGUCCCGGUCUGCUUCGUAUGCCUGCACGAUACUUGGGUGGGCUGGGUCUUCUUUGGAACUACCUUCGGCAUUGCCUUUCUAGGAGUGUGGUUCCAGUCCUUUUGCCCGCUUGAGUUUCCCAUGUGGGCCAGCAUGACCAUGUAUGUCACUCUAGGUUGGUUCGGAGCAUUCCUGGCAAUCCCCGCCUACAAAUGCAUUGGCUUUGGAGGCGCGCUGCUGCUCCUGCUGGGAGGUUUAGCCUACACCUUUGGCGGAGUCAUCUUUACCAUGCAAUGUCCGAAUCCAAUCAAGGGGAAGUUUGGCUUCCACGAGAUCUGGCAUGUCUUCGUCUUAGUCGGAGCCGCCUUUCACUAUGCCUGCAUGCUCUUCUAUGUGUUUCCCAACAUGGAGUGA